UGCUACAUAGUACGGAAGUACAUAGACUAGCUAGCUAGCUAGCUAGCUAGCUACACAGUACACAGCUACACACGAAGGUAGUCGCCCUACGGAGCUACCUUCGUACUUUGAAAGUAGUUGUACUUUCAAAGUACAACGUACGGACGUACGGAAGUACUUUCGUACUUUCGUACUUCCGGAAGUAAUAAUUCCGCACGAAGAUAGAUACUGUACACCUAGUUGUACACGUACACGUACACAACUACACAUACAGUUACGUGUACAGCGCUCCGCAAGUUCCUUAACGAUCUCGCCGAUCACGGUGCGAGAGGUACUGUCCCCGCCGGCGACGCCGCCUCCGAGGCCGCGACCGAGGCCACGCUCUCCGCCAUCGCGAGGAGCAAAAGCUAUUGGAAACGACGCAUCAUGGGCCACAUCUCCGUCGCGCUCGUAUCCGCCAUCGGGGACCGCAUCGCUGGCGCGCCCAUCUCGUACGCGCUCAGAACCGCACGUGACUCUGAAAACUUCCACGCGGGCGCGGCAGCGCAAAUCCUUUUUAUGGAGCCCGACACUGCUGGCGAUUUCCACAUCGCCCCGGCUCCGUGCGCUCGUGAGGCUCACAUGGGUUUCAUGAAUCCCGUCGUGGGGUUGCUUACUACGUGA